GGACGGACUUCCAGUGCUACACUCACAUAAUCCCGGUGAAGAACGAGGAAGGCGUAGUGAUGUUGUUCAUUCUAAACUUUGAUUACGUACUUGAGGAAGGAAGCAGCGACUCGACAGAGAAGCUGAAUCACUCAUCCCCGGAAAGAACUGAUUCCAGUGAGUAUCCAGAUUCCUGCCCUGUAUAUGUCUGCUGGUAAUGUGGUGUUACCUUUGUUUUGUACUGAAAUGUAAUGUUUCAUCCCAAAUGGCACCCUAUUUCCUAUAUAAUUCACUACAUUUGACCCUGGUCAAAAGUAGUGCACUAUAUAGGGAAUAGGGUUCCAUUUAGGACACAGCCUAUGUAAUGAUGUAAGACUGCAGCUAGAUCAGAGGAAGCUCAUCCCAUUGGAAGUCCUAACUGACUUUCCAGUCCACUAAUAGAAGUGCCUUCCUUCCAGUUCCCAAAGACACACUCCUCUUCAAUAGAAGGGCAAUUGCACAUAUGGAUUCUACUAAUUGUGAUUAUUCAUUCUAUCCUCAUCUACAUCUGCAAGAGGCUAAUUAAGCAAAUCAGAGAGAUUCAAAUCCAAAUUCCUGGAACAAAUGUAGCUUAAAGAAACUGUCCAGUGUUUCCAGAUUUUAUGACAUAUGACCUAUAAUUAAUAACAAUAUGAGUGAAAUAGUUUUCUUUAAAAAAAAUUGUAAUUAUGUACAGUGCCAGUCAAAAGUUUGGACACACCUACUCAUUCAAGGGUUUUUCGUUAUUAUUACUAUUUUCUACAUUGAACCUAUGUUAUACAUUUCUUACCUCCUGUUUUAGGAACUGAGAACUGCUCCUAUAUAUAGGACCUUCCACCCCCAACUGGGAUAUGGAUGCCUGAUGAAGACCUAAGGGUCGAAACGUUGUUAUAAAUAAAUAUCACCUGGGAGGAUGAGCAGCAUUGUGCAGCGUUUUCCUUUCUGUUUUUCAUGAAUUUGCCUACAACUCCAGCACCUGCGGAAAGUACCUGGAUGUGCCUAUGUCCUUCAGCUUUUGUAGAAUGAUAGUGAAGACAUCAAAACUAUUAAAUAACACAUAUGGAAUCAUGUAGUAACCAAAAAAGUGUUAAACAAAUCAAAAUAUAUUUAAUAUUUUAGAUUCUUCAAAGUAGCCACCCGUUGCCUUGAUGACAGCUUUGCACACUCUUGGCAUUCUCUCAACCAGCUUCACCUGAAUGCUUUUCCAACAGUCUUGAACGAGUUCCCACAUAUGCUGAGCACUUGUUGGCUGCUUUUCCUUCACCAUGAAGGCCUGAUUUACGCAGCCUCCUCUGAACAGUUGAUGUUGAGAUGUGUCUGUUACUUGAACUCUGUGAAGCAUUUAUUUGGGCAGCAAUCUGAGGCUGGUAACUCUAAUGAAUUUAUCCUCUGCAGCAGAGGUAACUCUGGGUCUUCCUUUCCUGUGGUGGUCCUCAUGAGAGCCAGUUUCAUCAUAGCGCUUGAUGGUUUUUGCGACUGCACUUGAAGAAACGUUCAAAGUUCUUGAAAUGUUCCGUAUUGACUGACCUUCAUGUCUUAAAGUAAUGAUGGACUGUCGUUUCUGUUUGCUUAUUUGAUCUGUUCUUGCCAUAAUAUGGACUUGAUAUUUUACCAAAUAGGGCUAUCUUCUGUAUACCACCCCUACCUUGUCACAACACAAUUGAUUUGCUGAAACGCAUUAAGCAGGAAAGAAAUUCCACAAAUUAACUUUUAACAAGACACACCUGUUAAUUGAAAUGCAUUCCAGGUGACUACCUCAUGAAGCUGGUUGAGAGAAUGCCAAGAGUGUGCAAAGCUGUCAUCAAGGCAAAGGGGGGCUACUUUGAAGAAUCUAAAAUCUAAAAUAUAUUUUAGAUUUGUCUAACACUUUUUUGGUUACAUGAUUCCAUGUGUUAUUUCAUAAUUUUGAUGUCUUCACUAUUAUUCUACAAUGUAGAAAAUGGUAAACAUAAAGAAAAACACUUGAAUGAGUAGGUGUGUCCAAAGUUUUGACUGGUACUGUAUGUUAAAAAUAAGCUUUUAUGUGUCUGAAUGUUGUGGGCAUAUACAGUGGGGGAAAAAAAGUAUUUAGUCAGCCACCAAUUGUGCAAGUUCUCCCACUUAAAAAGAUGAGAGAGGCCUGUAAUUUUCAUCAUAGGUACACGUCAACUAUGACAGACAUAAUGAGAAAAAAUCCAGAAAAUCACAUUGUAGGAUUUUUAAUGAAUUUAUUUGCAAAUUAUGGUGGAAAAUAUGUAUUUGGUCAAUAACAAAAGUUUCUCAAUACUUUGUUAUAUACCAGGUCAAACGUUUUCUGUAAGUCUUCACAAGGUGUUCACACACUGUUGCUGGUAUUUUGGCCCAUUCCUCCAUGCAGAUCUCCUCUAGAGCAGUGAUGUUUUGGGGCUGUCGCUGGGCAACACGGACUUUCAACUCCCUUCAAAGAUUUUCUAUGGGGUUGAGAUCUGGAGACUGGCUAGGCCACUCCAGGACCUUGAAAUGCUUCUUACGAAGCCACUCCUUCGUUGCCCGGGCGGUGUGUUUGGGAUCAUUGUCAUGCUGAAAGACCCAGCCACGUUUCAUCUUCAAUGCCCUUGCUGAUGGAAGGAGGUUUUCACUCAAAAUCUCACGAUACAUGGCCCCAUUCAUUCUUUCCUUUACACGGAUCAGUCGUCCUGGUCCCUUUGUAGAAAAACAGCCCCAAAGCAUGAUGUUUCCACCCCCAUGCUUCACAGUAGGUAUGGUGUUCUUUGGAUGCAACUCAGCAUUCUUUGUCCUCCAAACACGACGAGUUGAGUUUUUACCAGAAAGUUCUAUUUUGGUUUCAUCUGACCAUAUGACAUUCUCCCAAUCCUCUUCUGGAUCAUCCAAAUGCACUCUAGCAAACUUCAGACGGGCCUGGACAUGUACUGGCUUAAGCAGGGGGACACGUCUCGCACUGCAGGAUUUGAGUCCCUGGCGGCGUAGUGUGUUACUGAUGGUAGGCUUUGUUACUUUGGUUCCAGCUCUCUGCAGGUCAUUCACUAGGUCCCCCUGUGUGGUUCUGGGAUUUUUGCUCACCGUUCUUGUAAUCAUUUUGACCCCACGGGGUGAGAUCUUGCGUGGAGCCCCAGAUCGAGGGAGAUUAUCAGUGGUCUUGUAUGUCUUCCAUUUCCUAAAAAUUUCUCCCACAGUUGAUUUCUUCAAACCAAGCUGCUUACCUAUUGCAGAUUCAGUCUUCCCAGCCUGGUGCAGGUCUACAAUUUUGUUUCUGGUGUCCUUUGACAGCUCUUUGGUCUUGGCCAUAGUGGAGUUUGGAGUGUGACUGUUUGAGGUUGUGGACAGGUGUCUUUUAUACUGAUAACAAGUUCAAGCAGGUGCCAUUAAUACAGGUAACGAGUGGAGGACAGAGGAGCCUCUUAAAGGAGAAGUUACAGGUCUGUGAGAGCCAGAAAUCUUGCUUGUUUGUAGAUGAUCAAAUACUUAUUUUCCACCAUAAUUUGCAAAUAAAUUCAUAAAAAAUCCUACAAUGUGAUUUUCAGGAUUUUUUUCCCCUCAUUAUGUCUGUCAUAGUUGACGUGUACCCAUGAUGAAAAUUACAGGCCUCUCUCAUCUUUUUAAGUGGGAGAACUUGCACAAUUGGUGGCUGACUAAAUACUUUUUUCCCCCACUGUAUAUCGCUCAUAAAAAAUAUUCAUGCGAGUACACUGCUGAUUGGCCAGCUCAGCCAAUGAGCCAACAUUACAUCAUGUUCGAUGUCGGAAAUAGCAAGCAUUUUUUAAACAGUCUGUUUGAGAUACAAGUUUGAGGUGUUUGUUUUUAAAGUGUUUUCACCAAUUUAUGGUUUGGUCACAAAUAUGAGUAUAGGACGAGUCAACAACAUGAUUUGGGUAUGAGUUAACAGAAUAUUAACUUUUAAAAGUGAUGUUCACUGGACAGUUACUUUAACAUCUGAAAGACAGAUCACUAGAUUGUGUUUCUCUUCACAAGUCAACUGAAUAGAAAUCUGAACCUAAUAGAUAAUGGGCUGUUUUUCUAUCUAUCUAUAUAUACAGUGGGGAGAACAAGUAUUUGAUACACUGCCGAUUUUGCAGAUUUUCCUACUUACAAAGCAUGUAGAGGUCUGUAAUUUUUAUCAUAGGUACACUUCAACUGGGAGAGACGGAAUCUAAAACAAAAAUCCAGAAAAUCACAUUGUAUGAUUUUUAAGUAAUUAAUUUGCAUUUUAUUGCAUGACAUAAGUAUUUGAUACAUCAGAAAAGCAGAACUCAAUAUUUGGUACAGAAACCUUUGUUUGCAAUUACAGAGAUCAUACGUUUCCUGUAGGUCUUGACCAGGUUUGCACACACUGCAGCAGGACUUUUGGCCCACUCCUCCAUACAGACCUUCUCCAGAUCCUUCAGGUUUCGGGGCUGUCGCUGGGCAAUACGGACUUUCAGCUCCCUCCAAAGAUUUUCUAUUGGGUUCAGGUCUGGAGACUGGCUAGGCCACUCCAGGACCUUGAGAUGCUUCUUACGGAGCCACUCCUUAGUUGCCCUGGCUGUGUGUUUCGGGUCGUUGUCAUGCUGGAAGACCCAGCCACGACCCAUCUUCAAUGCUCUUACUGAGGGAAGGAGGUUGUUGGCCAAGAUUUCGCGAUACAUGGCCCCAUCCAUCCUCCCCUCAAUACGGUGCAGUCGUCCUGUCCCCUUUGCAGAAAAGCAUCCCCAAAGAAUGAUGUUUCCACCUCCAUGCUUCACCUCCAUGCUUCACGGUUGGGAUGGUGUUCUUGGGGUUGUACUUCUUCUUCCUCCAAACACGGCGAGUGGAGUUUAGACCAAAAAGCUAUAUUUUUGUCUCAUCAGACCACAUUACCUUCUCCAAUUCCUCCUCUGGAUCAUCCAGAUGGUCAUUGGCAAACUUCAGAAGGGCCUGGACAUGCGCUGGCUUUAGCAGGGGGACCUUGCGUGCGCUGCAGGAUUUUAAUCCAUGACGGCGUAGUGUGUUACUAAUGGUUUUCUUUGAGACUUUGGUCCCAGCUCUCUUCAGGUCAUUGACCAGGUCCUGCCGUGUAGUUCUGGGCUGAUCCCUCACCUUCCUCAUGAUCAUUGAUGCCCCACGAGGAGAGAUAUUGCAUGGAGCCCCAGACCGAGGGUGAUUGACAGUCAUCUUGAACUUCUUCCAUUUUCUAAUAAUUGCGCCAACAGUUGUUGCCUUCUCACCAAGCUGCUUGCCUAUUGUACUGUAGCCCAUCCCAGCCUUGUGCAGGUCUACAAUUUUAUCCCUGAUGUGCUUACACAGCUCUCUGGUCUUGGCCAUUGUGGAGAGGUUGGCGUCUGUUUGAUUGAGUGUGUGGACAGGUGUCUUUUAUACAGGUAACGAGUUCAAACAGGUGCAGUUAAUACAGGUAAUGAGUGGAGAACAGGAGUGCUUCUUAAAGAAAAACUAACAGGUCUGUGAGAGCCGGAAUUCUUACUGGUUGGUAGGUGAUCAAAUACUUAUGUCAUGCAAUAAAAUGCAAAUUAAUUACUUAAAAAUCAUACAAUGUGAUUUUCUGGAUUUUUGUUUUAGAUUCCGUCUCUCACAUUUGAAGUGUACCUAUGAUAAAAAUUACAGACCUCUACAUGCUUUGUAAGUAGGAAAACCUGCAAAAUCGGCAGUGUAUCAAAUACUUGUUCUCCCCACUGUAUAUAUAUAUAUAUAUAUAUUCAGCUGCUUCCAUAGGAUGAAUGGAUACAGAUGCCUUUUUACCGGCGGGAGAGCUUUUGCAUGGCCUUUUUUAUUCCACAAUUUAUUUGGCCUCUGUCAUUGUGGAAUAUUGGCAUCUCUUUAUUUUGCUUCAGCUGUGCUUAUUUUUAGAUGAGAACAAAGCAGUGGUAUUUGAACUGGGGGCCGUGUCUCUUUACCAUCUUCUCCACUGCUGUGUGUCAGAGGGUGUAAAUGUCAACAAGACAUCUCUGCUUGCUCCUGAUUUGGAGGUGCCGAGCAUCUCCUCUCACUGAGCAAGGCAGAGCCAUCCGCACGUUCAGCAUGAAUCCUGAACACUGCACUGCACCCAAGGCGGUGGGGGUUGUGUGCGUGUCCUCUGUGUGUGUCGUGUGCGUGUUGUGGGUGUCAUCUGUGUGUGCAUCAUCUGUGUGUGUGUUAGUGUGUGUGUGUGUUCAUAACGCCACUGAUCAGAGCUGAUUGCUUGCUUUCAUGCUAAAGGUCUUCACUGAGGGGAACAAACGCCACAGAAGGAAGGGACAGAUAAGCAUCUGGUGUGAUCGAUCAGCAGAUUCCUCACCACAAGCACACUUAUGACCAGUGCUUUAUCCAUUUUAUGCAUAGGCUUGCUGUUAUUGGCCUCAUAUAAAUAUGCUUUCCUUGCAAAGUGAUUUUGGGGGCAAUGGGGAACUAAUUAUGAGCCUAUGCAUACUGUCUCCAGGUAUCAUAGCAACUAGCACAAUAGUACGAGCAAAGGAGAGAAUAAUCCCUUCUUCACAGUCUGCACACAGAACCCCCUUCUCAGCAUUUUCAAGAUGCCAUCAAGACCUGAGCAAAUAGAAGUAAAAAAUUACCAGGAAAAGUGAUGCGUUGGACCGUAUGAAAAUGAAUCUUUCCUCAAUGCUAUUUAUAAGGAAAUGACGGUGGUAUAGAUUCACAUAAAAUACAAUACAUUAUUUGAAUUUAGGACUUAAUUGUCAGCUAAAUUCACUGGGUGCAACCAAGAGCUUUUCUUCCUCUUUGAACCAUUUAAUUCUAAUUUCAUACAGAGUUAUUGCGACGGAUUAAUAGCUGCUGUAUGAAAUGGAAAAUGAAUGUGUUUAGAGCAAAUGACGCCUAGAAGGCUUAGUGGUAUAAUAGAGAAAGAGUACCACAUGCUCUCUCUUUCUUCCCAAUGGAAAUAAAUACUGUACAGUAGUGGGGAUGAAACUAAAAGCAUAUUCUAAAUUUAAUUCCCUGUCUUCUUGCUUCUGUAUUGCUUCUAUAUCCUGUUCCUUUGACAUUUCUACAAAACACACAGGAACUGUGUUCUACAUAAGUACAUUUUGACAUAAGCAGGAGUAAAAUACUAAAACAGCCAUUAUUAAUUCAGAAGGCUCAGUGAGGAUCAAGUGCUCUCUGCCCUACCAUUCAUAAAUCAACAGCUUCUAUCUGCAUUCAUACAAAGCAUGUGUCAGAGCUCGUGAAGGAGGCCUUGUCUGGUGAUGCUGGGUUUACAGCUUGAUGUCAUUUGCAUACAGAUUAAACCAGUGAGAGGAGGAAAGCAGCAAUAAAUCCAUUAGGCUACUACAAAAAAACUGUAUGUAGGCUUGCAAAAUGUUGGUAACUUUCCCACAUUUCUUUCCCCAAUAUCCUGUUUGGAGGAUUCCGGAUUUCCUUCUUAUUUCCUGCUGAUUCCGGGAAUCUUCCAUCUGGGAUUUCAUGAAAUUUUCGAAAAGCUACCAGAACUUUGCAACCCUAACUUUAUACUUCUGGAACUUGGAGUUCACCUGAAACAAGCAGCCCUCUACUUUCCUCUGGCAUCUCAGAUUAUUGUAAAUCAAUACACCUACUGUGAUGAGGUGAUGUUGAAGGAGUCAGGCGCAGGAGGGUAAAUCACAGAAUAACAGGCUGUAUUCCGCAAAUACAGGGUUACACAGAAAUGCGUCAAACACUCUAGUGCGCAAAACAAGCGCACUGGAAAAUACAAGGCACACAGGGAAGUAUCCCGGCGAUACAAAAUACACGGAGCUCCACCGAGCUUCACUAUCCUCCACAAUAAACAAUCACACACAAAGACAAGGGGGCAGAGGGAACACUUAUACAGGUACUGAUGAGGGGAUAUGAACCAGGUGUGUGUAAUAAACAAGACAAAACAAAUGGAAUGAUGAGAUGAGGAGCGGCAGUGGCUAGAAGGCCGGUGACGACGAACGCCGAAGCUUGCCCGAACAAGGAGAGGUGGCAGCUUCGGAGGAAGUCGUGACACCUACAGUAGAGACGCUGAGGCAUCUAUUCCUAUGUCCAUAAAGAAGGCAGGUCAAAAUUGCAGAUUUUCUGCCAUUAGGGGCUAUUUCAGUGGCCUGUCCAGGGGCCCUGUUGAGUGUGAUGGCUUUAUUGUGUAUUAGGGUUGUAACAUAAGCAAAUGUGGUUGGGGAAUGGAAACAGAUGGCAGUGACAUGAUGCAAGGAGGGUGCUGAACGAUGGCUGCCUCAUAUUUAUGAGUGAGCCUGGGGCUCACUUUCACCCCUUCUAUUGUUAAUGAACCCAAACUACAGUUCCCUCACCGUUUUUAUAUGUGCCUGUGUGUCCACUCUGAAGACUUUACUGGACAGUGGACACACAUGAGAUACUGGACACACCAUCUCAGUUAAAUUAAGGAAGGAGAUUCAUUUUACGUUGUGUUUCCACUUAUAACCUUGAACGCGAUAUGAUACAUUAUGAUACGCUGCGGCGUACGCCAAUAGAUAGUGCCCAUUUAUCAAAGUUUAAUUUCUUAAUCAUCAAAUAAGAAAGAACACUAUGACAGGCGUAACAGCAGUAUACACACUAUGCACCGAGGGGUAAUGGGGCGAUCAAGGUUAUUCAGUCACGUACCAUUAAAUGCCAUUGGAUUAGAGGUCGAUUCUCCUGCUUUCUGCUUUCUCUGUUUGAUCAUGAACACAUAAGGUAAUCCAAUUAUAGAAUUCCACACAAUCAGAGAAAUGAAAGUGCACCUUCCAGCUCAAAGAACAGUAAUGACAUUUGCAUUCAUUGAAAAUGUGACUGAAUUGACUAAAGAGUUGUUGCUAUUGCUAUGCUUUAGAUCUUUUACAUUUUAUGUUAUACAGUCAAAAUCAUAAUUUCUCAUCAUUUAAUCAUUUGAUUGUUUAAUGCAGGAAUAAACACGUCCAACAUUUUCUGUUGUUUAGGAAAGGGACGAUUCUUCAGAUUCCGCCAGGCUGCCUUGAGUCUGGUCUCCAACAAACAGUCUCUUCCACAAGAAGACCCAGAUGCCGUCAUGGUGGACUCCCUCUCCCCCAAACAGAACGAGGACUCAGUGGCUCUGACCAACUUCCAGUCGCCCCUGACCGAGGACAACUGCAGCCCCACCGAUGCCAACGACACACGGGCCCUCAUCAGCUCCAGCCACCAGUCCUCCCAGGCCAGUGUGCAUGAACCCGGACCCCUGGACCACUCCUCACCCAAGCAGCACCCGUGGGACAGGCUGUACCAGACGGAGGCGCACCAGUCCACCACCUGCCUGGCUCACACCAUCUCCAGAGGCAGCAUCAGCAGGAGCAGCAUGAGGCGAGCCUCCUCCGUCCACGACAUAGAAGGCUUCAGUAACUCCAAGAGCAUAUUCAGGGACCGACACGCGAGUGAAGGUAAAGUAGGAGGAUGAAAUGUCUAACGAAAGCUUUGUGGUCCCUAGAUUUCGAAUGGGGACAGAGCUAUUAUCAUCUUUGUGUCCUGUGAGAGCUCCUUGCUCAGGAAUUGUGUAUUAUAGUAUACUAUUACAGAUCUAUGCCAGCAUUAUUUGCAUCCACACUAUUUCUGUCUUCUCUCUUCCUCUCACCACUAUGACGCUGCUUUUAGACAAUGGUCGCUAUAUCAGAGGUAACGAUGUGUUCCCUGACCAUGCUUGUCGUGCAUUGGACUGUUUGAAGCAUGUAUCCCAAUCAAGCCAAUUGACCACAAUGAGUGAUGAUGAUUUCUCCCUGAAAUUCUACUCUCAAUGAAGUGCUGCACUUGAGAAUGUGUUAUGACUGAGACAGUUGAGUGCUUUUGUCAUGUCAGCUAUUUUAAAUGUCUUUAGAUGAUUGAUCAACACCUCCUGAAUGAAAGCCUGCUGCCUCCACUGAGUGCUAAUAUUGCCAUCCCCACCCAACCCAACACCUGCAUGAAAGAAAGCUAUUUUGCUUUCUUGGGGGGGAAUCAGUGGUCACUAUGCUCUGUCUGCUUCCCAUGAGUUUCCCUGAUCACCAACGCCAACCAUCAUCAAAUAUGUGAUGUUUGGCUAACUGCUACAGCUUUGACCUCUGUCCACGUACUACACUGCUCAAAAAUUAAAGGGAACACUAAAAUAACACAUCCUAGAUCUGAAUGAAUGAAAUAAUCUUAUUAAAUACUUUUUUCUUUACAUAGUUGAAUGUGCUGACAACAAAAUCACACAAAAAUUAUCAAUGGAAAUCAAAUGUAUCAACUCAUGGAGGUCUGGAUUUGGAGUCACCCUCAAAAUUAAAGUGGAAAACCACACUACAGGCUGAUCCAACUUUGAUGUAAUGUCCUUAAAACAAGUCAAAAUGAGGCUCAGUAGUGUGUGUGGCCUCCACGUGCCUGUAUGACCUCCCUACAACACCUGGGCAUGCUCCUGAUGAGGUGGCGGAUGGUCUCCUGAGGGAUCUCCUCCCAGACCUGGACUAAAGCAUCCGCCAACUCCUGGACAGUCUGUGGUGCAACGUGGCGUUGGUGGAUGGAGCGAGACAUGAUGUCCCAGAUGUGCUCAAUUGGAUUCAGGUCUGGGGAACGGGCGGGCCAGUCCAUAGCAUCAAUGCCUUCCUCUUGCAGGAACUGCUGACACACUCCAGCCACAUGAGGUCUAGCAUUGUCUUGCAUUAGGAGGAACCCAGGGCCAACCGCACCAGCAUAUGGUCUCACAAGGGGUCUGAGGAUCUCAUCUCGGUACCUAAUGGCAGUCAGGCUACCUCUGGCGAGCACAUGGAGGGCUGUGCGGCCCCCCAAAGAAAUGCCACCCCACACCAUGACUGACCCACCGCCAAACCGGUCAUGCUGGAGGAUGUUGCAGGCAGCAGAACGUUCUCCACGGCAUCUCCAGACUCUGUCACGUCUGUCACAUGUGCUCAGUGUGAACCUGCUUUCAUCUGUGAAGAGCACAGGGCGCCAGUGGAGAAUUUGCCAAUCUUGGUGUUCUUUGGCAAAUGCCAAACGUCCUGCACGGUGUUGGGCUGUAAGCACAACCCCCACCUGUGGACGUCGGGCCCUCAUACCACCCUCAUGGAGUCUGUUUCUGACCGUUUGAGCAGACACAUGCACAUUUGUGGCCUGCUGGAGGUCAUUUUGCAGGGCUCUGGCAGUGUUCCUCCUGCUCCUCCUUGCACAAAGGCGGAGGUAGCAGUCCUGCUGCUGGGUUGUUGCCCUCCUACGGCCUCCUCCACGUCUCCUGAUGUACUGGCCUGUCUCCUGGUAGCGCCUCCAUGCUCUGGACACUAUGCUGACAGACACAGCAAACCUUCUUGCCACAGCUCGCAUUGAUGUGCCAUCCUGGAUGAGCUGCACUACCUGAGCCACUUGUGUGGGUUGUAGACUCAGUCUCAUGCUACCACUAGAGUGAAAGCACCGCCAGCAUUCAAAAGUGACCAAAACAUCAGCCAGGAAGCAUAGGAACUGAGAAGUGGUCUGUGGUCACCACCUGCAAAACCAGUCCUUUAUUGGGGGUGUCUUGCUAAUUGCCUAUAAUUUCCACCUGUUGUCUAUUCCAUUUGCACAACAGCAUGUGAAAUGUAUUGUCAAUCAGUGUUGCUUCCUAAGUGGACAGUUUGAUUUCACAGAAGUGUGAUUGACUUGGAGUUACAUUGUGUUGUUUAAGUGUUCCCUUUAUUUUUUUGAGCAGUGUACUACAUGUCCUUUACUAGAGCUAUGCUAUACUGUAUUACCAUCUCUCGACAGUAAAUUCCUUUGCGUUGUCUUUAUGUUCCAGGUCCGUUCAAUCAUCUCAAGUCCAGUUUGCUGGGCUCCACCUCUGAAUCCAACAUCAACAAGUACAGCACCAUUAACAAGAUCCCGCUGAUUGCGCUCAACUUCACGGAGCGGAAUAAUGACAAUAAGGCACACUCUCCCCCAUCGUCAGAAAACACUAUCAUAGCACCCAAGGUCAAGGACAGAACGCACAACGUCACUGAAAAAGUCACACAGGUGAGACAAUUGGCUGUCUGGAAAGCACAUUUGACUGUUGUAACAUUAGUUGGAAUAAUCACGUUAAAAUAUAUUUUUUCAUACAACCUUCAUGUUACAUUAUGCGUACGAGCCACAAAAUAAGACAUUUACCAAAUUAAUGCCAGACACAUUGCUGCCUAUAUUAUUCAUUAUGUUUGCACUAAUAGCUGCUUUUGAAUCCUAUGUUUCCACACUGUUUAAUUCCUUCUAGGCUGAAUGACAUUGGUACUAAUGCAAUGAAAUGACAUGUGAUUCAAUAUAAUAUGUCAUUUAGCAGACGCUCUUAUCCAGAGCGACUUACAGCAGCAAUUAGGGUUAAGUGCCUUGCUCAAGGGCACAUCGACAGAUUUUUCACCUAGUCGGCUCGGGGAUUAGAACCAGCGACCUUUCGGUUACUGGCACAACGCUCUUAACCACUAAGCUACCUGCCACCACUAAGCUACCUGCCGCCGCUACCUGCCGCCCCAAUGAAUUGGAGAAACAAUCUCAUCAAUUAAUAGUCAUAAGUCGCUCUGGAUAAGAGCGUCUGCUAAAUGACCAAUUAUUAUUUUUUAUUUUUUAUUUUAUACCGGUGUGACGUUUGCUCUGUAGAAAAACAAGUCCAGCAGUGUAAUACAGUAUGUAGUAGAAGCUCUCCUGCUUGUUCCUACGACAACUAAGCGCUGUAUAGUGACUGUCCUCUAAUUAACGUCAGUGUCAAACCUCAGCACAGGCUGUAGGGUAGAAGACCAAGCUUUCCCAUACAAUCGGACCUUCUUUGACAGGCGAAAACAGAGCACUCCUCCUGACAAUGACAAUCUAUAGAAGGGACAAGCCAUUCUCACUCAUAAAUACAGCCAUCAUCCUACUGAACUCUCUGAAUUUUCUUGGUUGCACUACCUUGAAUUAGCCAUUCGAUGUGUUUUUCACAUUAGAUACGGUGCCUGUCGAGAUGAAUGGAAGAAUCCAUAAUUCAUCUUGUAGAUGUGCUGAGGCAACAUAAAACAAAGCCCUCUGUCCUCAUCAUUUCUCCAGCACUAUUUAUCAGCAGAUAGGUCUCUCUUUGCAGCCUGUCAGAGCUCAUUACGAUCCAGAGCAGAGGAAAGCCACAUACUUACUGGCCAUUAGAUUACAACAUUGCUUAGAUAGCCAUAAUAAGCCACAGAGUCAGAGUCCAACCAUGGAGAGAAGCCAACCGAGAUGUUAAAGAAGCUGUUGAGCAAUGGACACUGUCUGUUGUAUCUCUACCAUUGUUAUGAAUAGAGCACUGCAAAUGUAAAAAACAUUUGCAAAAUGUAGUAUUUUCAAAAGAUAUACUGCUAGGAUACGUAACCUGAUUAUCGUCCCUCAAUUCUAUCAUUAAAUCAAAUUGCAUUUUCAAAAUGAGCUACCCCAAAGAAUCUAUACAUGAAUUUACUACCAGAAUGUUAGAUGGUAAGGCAGUGAUUCUGUAGCCUGGUUGCUGUCUCUGUUCGGCAAUUACAUUCCACUCCUUGUAAUUUGCCAAAGACAGGAGUGGAAUGUUAGCUAAAAAGACUGGUACCCAGACUUGUGAUCCUGUGGAACACCUCUGAUAUUGGAAAUCAUAUUAUUCACAUCCCAAGACGGAGGCAAUCGUCCUGUCUGUCAAAUGAGAGGAGAGGACUUGUCCUAAUAGAGUUGGACUGUGCAGCACUUACUCUCAGGUUAGCUGAAUCAUAGCGGCUGUCAAGUCCUUGAGCCAGGAACAUUACCUGGAUUGCUCCGGCAAUAGCCAGCUACUGAGAUAAGGGAGUUAAAAGCUGCCUCGGAUUGAUGAUUACAUUGCCACUCAGAGAAACGUUUGACACUCAAAUCUACAGUGUAAACUUUCUUUGUCAGAAUUUAUUUUAAUUAGUGCUCUUAGUGAUUGCUGUCCCCUCUUCUCUCUGCUACUACAGGUACUGUCACUGGGUGCUGAUGUCCUUCCAGAAUACAAGCUCCAGACUCCACGCAUGGACAGAUUCACCAUCCUCCACUACAGCCCAUUCAAAGCUAUGUGGGACUGGCUCAUCCUGCUGCUGGUCAUCUAUACAGCCAUCCUCACACCCUACUCUGCUGCUUUCCUACUCAAUGACCGCGAGGAGCAAAUGAGGCGUGAGUGUGGAUACUCCUGCAAUCCCCUGAACGUGGUGGAUUUCAUGGUGGACAUCAUGUUCAUCGUUGACAUCGUUAUCAACUUCCGGACCACAUAUGUGAAUCUGAAUGAGGAAGUCGUCAGCCAGCCAGGGAAGAUCGCCAUUCACUAUUUCAAAGGCUGGUUCCUUAUAGACAUGGUGGCUGCAAUCCCCUUUGACCUGCUUAUCUUCGGUUCAGGAUCAGAU